GCGGCGGUGGCAGUUCGCAGCGAGGGCGACGGCUCCGAGGCCGAGUGGCCGUCCGGCGAGGACCUGGGCGCCGUCCUCCGCAUGACCUCACCGGGUCACACUGUGUAUCCUUGAUUGUUCUGGAACUUGCUCUGUAGUCCAGGCUGGCCUUGAACUUAGAAGAGAUCUUCCCACCUCUGCUUCCCGAGUGCUAGGAUUAAAGUGAUCAACUUUUGUACCUUUUCCGAAUUCAAAGAUGGUGAAGCUAGAUAUUCACACAUUGGCCCACCACCUCAAGCAGGAGCGCUUAUAUGUGAGCUCUGAGAAACAGCUCAUUCAGAGGCUAAAUGCCGAUGUACUGAAGACAGCUGAAAAGCUGUAUCGGACAGCGUGGAUUGCAAAGCAACAGAGGAUUAAUUUGGAUCGUCUUAUUAUAACCAGUGCUGAAGCUUCCCCUGCUGAGUGUUGCCAGCAUGCCAAGGUUUUGGAAGAUACACAGUUUGUUGAUGGAUAUAAGCAACUGGGAUUUCAGGAAACAGCUUAUGGAGAAUUCCUGAGUCGGUUAAGGGAAAAUCCGCGUCUCAUUGCCUCCUCUUUGGUUGCUGGAGAAAAACUCAAUCAGGAGAACACACAAAGUGUUAUCUACACUGUUUUUACCUCCUUGUAUGGCAACUGUAUUAUGCAAGAAGAUGAAAGCUACCUCCUUCAGGUUUUACGAUACCUGAUUGAAUUUGAACUUAAAGAAAGUGACAACCCCAGGCGCCUUUUGAGGAGAGGAACUUGUGCCUUCAGCAUCUUAUUUAAACUUUUUUCUGAAGGACUGUUUUCUGCCAAACUUUUCCUGACGGCUACUUUACAUGAGCCGAUCAUGCAGCUCCUUGUAGAGGAUGAAGACCACCUGGAAACAGACCCACACAAGCUAAUUGAGAGGUUCUCCCCAGCUCAGCAGGAGAAACUCUUCGGAGAGAAAGGCUCAGAUAGAUUUAGGCAAAAGGUUCAAGAAAUGGUAGAUUCCAAUGAGGCUAAACUAGUGGCUUUGGUGAACAAAUUUAUUGGUUAUCUUAAACAGAAUACAUACUGUUUUCCACACAGUUUGAGGUGGAUUGUAUCACAGAUGUACAAAACUCUUUCUUGUGUAGACAGAUUGGAGGUUGGGGAGGUCAGAGCAAUGUGUACCGAUCUUCUUUUGGCUUGCUUCAUAUGUCCCGCAGUUGUCAAUCCAGAGCAGUAUGGAAUAAUAUCUGAUGCUCCUAUUAAUGAAGUGGCAAGAUUCAACCUGAUGCAGGUUGGCCGCCUUUUGCAGCAGUUAGCAAUGACUGGCACUGAAGAAGGAGAUCCCCGAACCAAAAAUAGCCUUGGAAAAUUUGACAAAGGCUGUGUUGCUGCUUUCCUUGAUGUUGUAAUUGGGGGCCGUGCAGUGGAGACUCCGCCAAUGUCCUCCGUUAAUCUUCUGGAAGGCUUGAGCAGAACUGUGGUGUAUAUAAGUUACAGUCAGCUUAUUACUCUGGUAAAUUUUAUGAAGAGUGUGAUGUCUGGAGAUCAGCUAAAAGAAGACAGAAUGGCUCUUGACAAUUUGUUGGCAAACCUGCCUCAGGCUAAGCCAGGGAAGAGCAGCAGUGUAGACAUGACUCCCUACAGCACUCCUCAGAUGUCUCCAGCCACCACCCCAGCCAACAGAAAGAACCGCUUACCUAUAGCAACAAGGAGCAGAAGCCGAAGUAAUAUGUUAAUGGACCUACAUAUGGACCAUGAAGGAUCAUCUCAAGAAACUAUCCAGGAGGUACAGCCUGAAGAGGUGCUGGUCAUUUCCUUAGGGACAGGUCCUCAGCUCACACCAGGGAUGAUGUCAGAAAAUGAGGUUCUAAACAUGCAGCUUUCGGAUGGAGGACAAGGAGAUGUCCCUGUUGAUGAAAACAAACUCCACGGUAAACCUGAUAAAACCUUGCGCUUUUCCCUCUGCAGUGAUAAUCUGGAAGGCAUAUCUGAAGGUCCUUCCAAUCGUUCCAAUUCAGUGUCUUCUCUUGACCUGGAAGGAGAGUCUGUAUCUGAACUUGGGGCAGGACCUUCUGGGAGUAAUGGAGUUGAAGCACUGCAGCUGUUAGAACACGAGCAAGCUACAACACAAGAUAAUCUUGAUGAUAAACUGAGGAAGUUUGAGAUUCGUGACAUGAUGGGACUAACCGAUGACAGGGACAUAUCCGAGACGGUGAGUGAGACCUGGAGCACUGAUGUCCUGGGAAGUGACUUCGACCCGAACGUUGAUGAAGAUCGUUUGCAAGAGAUUGCAGGUGCAGCAGCAGAGAAUGUGUUAGGCAGUUUGCUGUGCCUUCCAGGCUCAGGGUCAGUCCUCCUUGACCCUUGCACUGGCUCUACCAUAUCAGAGACCACAAGUGAAGCUUGGAGCGUAGAGGUAUUGCCAAGUGACUCAGAGGCUCCAGACUUAAAGCAGGAAGAGCGCCUCCAAGAACUGGAGAGCUGUUCUGGACUGGGCAGCACGUCUGAUGAUACAGAUGUCAGGGAGGUCAGUUCCCGCCCCAGCACACCAGGCCUCAGUGUUGUGUCCGGUAUAAGUGCUACAUCAGAGGAUAUUCCUAAUAAGAUCGAAGACCUGAGAUCUGAGUGCAGUUCUGAUUUUGGGGGUAAAGAUUCUGUUACUAGUCCAGAUAUGGAUGACAUAGCCCAUGGCGCUCACCAGCUGGCCUCUCCUCCCUCUCAGUCAGAGUCUCUGCUCACCAUGUUUGACCCACUGUCCUCACAUGAAGGGGCUUCUGCUGUUGUAAGGCCGAAGGUUCACUGUGCCCGGCCCUCGCAUCCACCUCCGGAUCCUCCAAUCCUGGAAGGUGCAGUGGGAGGAAAUGAGGCCAGGUUGCCCAUCUUUGGUUCUCACGUUUUAACUGCAGCUGAAAUGGAGGCAUUCAAGCAGAGACACUCUUACCCUGAGAGACUGGUUCGCAGCAGAAGCUCUGAUAUAGUGUCUUCUGUGCGGCGGCCCAUGAGUGACCCCAGCUGGAGCCGGCGUCCAGGGAAUGAAGAACUCCCUCCAGCUGCAGCCACUGGUGCUACUUCCUUGGUGGCUGCGCCCCACUCGUCAUCUUCGUCCCCGAGUAAGGACUCUUCCAGAGGAGAGACUGAGGAGCGCAAGGACAGUGAUGAUGAGAGGUCAGACAGGAGCAGACCUUGGUGGAGAAAGCGCUUUGUUUCAGCUAUGCCUAAAGCUCCUAUACCAUUUAGAAAGAAAGAAAAACAAGAAAAAGACAAAGAUGAUCUGGGGCCUGACAGAUUCUCAACACUCACAGAUGAGCCCAGCCCUAGGCUCAGCGCUCAAGCUCAGGUUGCUGAAGAUAUUCUGGACAAAUACCGCAAUGCCAUUAAACGGACCAGCCCUAGUGAAGGAGCAAUGGCAAAUGAUGAGAGUGCAGAGGUCAUGGGUGAUGGUGAAAGUGCUCAUGACUCUCCUCGUGAGGAAGCGCUGCAGAACAUCUCAGCCGACGAUCUCCCUGACUCUGCCAGCCAAGCAGCCCACCCUCAGGACUCUGCUUUCUCUUACAGAGAUGUGAAGAAGAAGCUGAGGCUCGCACUUUGUUCUGCAGACUCUGUGGCCUUCCCAGUGCUAACUCACUCAACAAGGAACGGAUUGCCAGACCAUACAGACCCAGAAGACAAUGAAAUUGUAUGCUUCUUAAAAGUUCAAAUAGCUGAAGCAAUUAAUUUACAAGAUAAGAGCUUAAUGGCUCAACUUCAGGAAACCAUGCGUUGUGUGUGCCGCUUUGACAAUAGGACUUGUAGGAAGUUGCUGGCAUCCAUUGCUGAAGACUACAGAAAAAGAGCUCCGUAUAUUGCUUACCUCACCCGCUGCCGACAAGGGCUGCAGACCACACAGGCUCACUUGGAAAGGCUCCUGCAAAGAGUCUUGCGGGACAAAGAGGUGGCCAAUCGGUACUUUACCACUGUCUGUGUGCGGUUACUGCUUGAGAGCAAAGAAAAGAAGAUCAGGGAGUUCAUUCAAGACUUUCAGAAACUCACCGCUGCUGACGAUAAAACUGCUCAGGUGGAGGAUUUCCUGCAGUUCCUGUAUGGAGCCAUGGCUCAGGAUGUCAUAUGGCAGAAUGCCAGUGAGGAGCAGCUGCAGGACGCCCAGCUGGCCAUCGAGCGCAGUGUGAUGAAUCGCAUCUUCAAGCUGGCUUUCUACCCUAACCAGGAUGGGGACAUACUUCGUGACCAGGUUCUGCAUGAACAUAUCCAGAGAUUAUCUAAAGUAGUGACUGCAAACCACAGAGCUCUGCAGAUCCCUGAGGUUUAUCUUCGUGAGGCACCGUGGCCAUCAGCACAGUCAGAAAUCAGGACAAUAAGUGCUUACAAAACCCCCCGGGACAAAGUGCAGUGCAUCCUGAGAAUGUGCUCCACCAUCAUGAACCUCCUGAGCCUGGCCAACGAGGACUCUGUCCCAGGGGCAGAUGACUUUGUUCCUGUGUUGGUGUUUGUGUUGAUAAAGGCAAACCCACCCUGCCUGCUGUCCACUGUGCAGUACAUCAGCAGCUUCUACGCCAGCUGUCUGUCUGGAGAGGAGUCCUACUGGUGGAUGCAGUUCACAGCAGCCGUGGAGUUUAUUAAAACCAUCGAUGACAGAAAGUGACCAAGACCAGGCCCCACCAAGGCAGCAGACUAUAGCCAGGAAACAGACCUCUAAGAACGUGUAGCAGCUUCCUUGAAAGCUGAACAUUGUUUUGUCUAAUGCUGUACAGCUUCCAGACGUUUCCACACGGCUCUUCCUAGCAGAUUAACAAGCUAACAUGCAGGCCCUUGUUCCUUUUGGCCUUUCUGAGUUGCGUAUUUUAUUUCCUACCCCCAAGUAGAGAGUAGUACUGCAAAAGGGACCAUGUUUUUCAGGUGUUUUAAAUUUUUAAAAAACAGAACAGAAUCCUUUAGGAAACGUCUAGAUCUUGGUUCAUGAAUUCCCUGUUCAUCCUUUUCAUUUUUAGAAAGAACAGUGUGCCUCUUCCAAAUCGCUGUGUGAGCUUGGUCACGAGGCACCUGCGCAGAGGGUCUCAGGAGAUGCUCUCCAGCCUCCCUGGAUACACUCUCCUAAGGGAGAGCUAAGAAGGAACUGUAACUCUAAUAUAUAUUUAUAUUUGAUGUGCGAUGGCAUCCUCAGACUCUAAUAAACAACAAGGACAGUUGCUGAGAGCAGACUGUGACAUUCCCUCUUGUGAAAUGGUUUCCUUGACAAAAUUUAAGCUGAGCUUAAAAGCAAAACCAGAAAUAUUUAUUAGUGUGGAAUACAGUCGUCACUCUCCGUGUGUGGAGUUUGAUGGGGAAGUCAUGUAGGUAUGUGCCGCCAUGGACGUGUGUUGAGCCUGCGCAUUGGGGCAGACUCCACCUUGCGUUACAUGGGACGAGCAGUGUGUGGCGGGCAGGUGUGCCUGCAUCCUUCCUUUGCACCUGCGCACUGAGCGGAAACCGCCAAGGGCUCCUUACCGAGCCUCAGCCUCAUCUGUCUCUGUGGAGGGUUCACAGUGAGUGCACAGACCAGGAAUUCAGUGAAUGUCAUUUUUUUAAAACUAAUUUGUAUCGUCUGCUCUACUGAUCCACGUUUUACUAGUGUUAAACUAUUUUGAUCAGCCACACUAUUCUUAUGGAAAAAAAUCUAUUUUGGCAGGUUCCUGUGCCUUUAUUGCCCUCUUCUGAAAAAAAAAAAAGUGUCUCUGUAGUUUGGUUUGCGUGUAUAUCAGUGAUUAAUCAGGAAUGGGGUUUGGUGCCUGAGAAGCUGGCCAGGAGGCACCCAAAGCGUCAAGCACAAGUGUUGUACAUCGGCCAUCACCGACUGGUUCACCUUGUCUGUUGCCUAAACCUGUUUAGCUUUUUUUGACAAAUGCUGCAGUCCCAUACUUCCGAGUCCCUUGUGGUGGCAGCAAUACAGGCAUCUUCUGAGGGACCCGUGGCAACCAGCCAUGAGCAGAUGGAUAGGGGCCACCUGCUCCCCCGAGCACUCAGCCUCACUGUGCCAAAAGAAGCUGGGUUUUCUUCACGCUUCUGAGUCUCUCUUCCCUUUCACAUCCCAGAGUGGGAGCUCACACAGGAGUGUGAGGUGUGGGGUCUGCUUCAGGGAGGGAGAGACCCGAACUAGUAUCACAAAUACCCGUUCAGUUGUUGGGUCAGGAAAUCUGUGUACUUCAUGGGCUGUCGUUGUCCACCUUGCCUUGGGGUUAGAAGUCACAUCCCUUCCUGAGUACAUGGCAAGCCAAACUGUGGCAGGUUUCUGCAACUAGAAGGGAGGCUAACAUCUACUUCAGCACUGACUCAAUAAAUGUUAAGUCAACAGAA